GUACGUGUAUGGAAUGGAAUGUAUUUAAAAUAUUCGGAAUGUACAUGCAUUGGGUGAUAUAUCCAAGCUGUAACUAUAUUCUUCGGGACUGCGAAGCCAAGACAGGACUCAAUACUUUGCAGACUUUUUUGCAUUUGGGACCACUCAUGAUGGAUACAUAAAAUGAUUGGUUUCUUUGUAGUUUUCUCCUAUUUUAGUGCACACUCAGUAAAUAUAUAUAUGGAGUCUGGAUCUAACUUCAUUCCCGGCAUAGUUUAAGACACGAUCAACUGGCUGAAGAAUUUUUUGUAAAUUUAGAUGCUGAAUGAGAAUGAUUAGACGCCACAGAGAAGACUUUCAGUAAAAAAAGUUAGAGCUGCAAUAGAUAAGGUUCCAAAAACCUUUCUAAUGAAAAUUGUUAACCGAGACGUCAACAAACAACAACAUAAGAAAGCAAUCACAUCUUAAAGAUGUCAAAUGCUCUUUAAUACUGCAUUACCAUGAAAAUCUUAUAAACGAGUCACUAUCUUAAGGUCCGACAUAGAAAACUGUCUCCUGUGGUUAAAAUAGGGACUCUCCAGAAGUUUUAUAUAUCUCCUACCACUUUAACAAAGUAAUCAAAUUUUUGAAAAAUCCUUUUAUUUCAAUCAAUAUAUUCAGCAAAAAGUUCAGAUGCGAAGGGUACGUCGACUUCGAACCUAACCCAAGAUAAUCCCCAAUUGCCGUUCCUCAAAUUUUUCAAGAAACGUCACCUUUGCCCAUUUGAUCUCAAAGUAAGAAUUUAUAUAUUUGCUAUAUGUAAUGCAGAUGAAGAAAUGAAUAUUGAUUUAUCAAACAACACGUUCCGCAAAAAAUGUUGAACUCGUUCCAAUUCCAUCAAAAAUGGCUUGUUGCUGUAAAACAAACAAUUUGAAUGCAGUAAAAUGGUAUAGAUGUAACCCCUUACUUCAAAACUAUUUCGUGGCUAAUACCACUAAAACAGUUCUGGAGCAUACAGCAGUAAGAAACUACUAAUGUCAAUAUUGAAUGAAGCAAAUCCGUUAAAUACCAUAUCUUUAACAUCGCAACAAGGUAUAGUUUUUUUUUACAUUUUCCUGUCAAUGUCUUAAGAGAGACAAUUUCUUUGUAUGCUGGAAGCUAAGCCCCGAAAUAUGAAAAUUUAAUGUCAGCACUAUUAAAUAGUAAAAAUAGCAAACAACGAAAAAUUUGAAACUUUAACUGUGUAUCCAUCUUCCACACAGUAGGACCGAAAAAGUCGUUCCAUUUCUGUAUUCAAAUAUCUUCUGUGGGACUUAGUCCACUAAAAAUCAUAACACAUACAGGCUGAAAAAUAAUAACGGAAAAUCUGAUAAAAAUUAUUUAAAUAAAAAUAUAUUCGUAACUAUGGUUGGAACACAACAAAAAAGUAAUCAUAUUCAAUUAUCUGGAACAAAUGCAAUCCGUGAUGAUAAUACUUUUCCCGGGAAAAGCGACGUAAAAGCAGCGCCCGUUGUAGCGAAAAUCGGUAAAGCAUCUUCACCUGCAAUAUCAAUAUCUACACCUCAGACCAAAAUCAAGAUGAUCAAUAAAAAUUCCACCCAGGCUGGCAUCACUCAUACCAAUUCACAUAAUUUAAGCCAUCACUCUUGUCACGGAAACAUGGUGCAAUAUUUUAGUAGUAGCUAUGGAUCACCGGGAAUGUUUCAUGAUAAUAAAAAAGAAUUGCAACCCACAGAGAAGCUCGAAAACCAUUCUGGAGAUGGCAAAAAUGUACAACGUAGUUUAAUUUCAGAUGGAUGCGAAAAUUCCGGAACCAUUCAAGCAAUCUCUCUGCCUGUUACAACAGUCUCGUCAAAAACCGAUUUCAUUUCCAGCUUUAUUUCAAAAGAUUUGCCUUCUUGCAGGGGUGCUAUUCCAUCCACUUAUAAAUUACAAUCGGAAUCAGAUUCCCUCGACCUAUUGAAGGAAAAAUCUCAACCAGUUGUAGAAAACGACGCUUUCACCUUUCAUGAGCAGAUCAUCAUGUCUGGCCAACAAAAGAGCGCAUUGCAAGAAAAACCAAAAGUACUGGUUGUUUCCCCGCAACAAGUUAUGAUAUUGUACAUGCAUAAAUUAACUCCAUAUGAGCGUACUGAAAUACUAGCGUAUCCACAGAUUUAUUUCAUUGGUGCCAAUGCAAAAAAACGCCCAGGAGUGUACGGACCAAACAAUUCUGAUUAUGAUAAUGAACAAGGGGCUUAUAUUCAUAUACCCCACGAUCACGUAGCGUAUCGAUACGAAAUGCUCAAGAUAAUUGGCAAGGGAAGCUUCGGCCAGGUGAUAAAGGCCUAUGAUCAUAAGACUCACGAGCAUGUAGCAUUAAAAAUAGUGCGCAAUGAGAAGCGGUUUCAUCGGCAAGCACAAGAGGAAAUUCGAAUUCUUCAUCAUUUACGUCGUCACGAUAAAUAUAAUACUAUGAAUAUCAUACACAUGUUUGACUACUUUACAUUUCGAAAUCACACUUGCAUCACAUUCGAGCUUCUCAGCAUUAACCUUUAUGAAUUGAUUAAGAAAAAUGGAUUUAAGGGCUUCAGCCUACAGCUUGUGCGAAAAUUUGCACAUUCGCUACUCCAAUGCUUGGAUGCGCUAUACAAAAAUGAGAUUAUACAUUGUGAUAUGAAACCAGAAAAUGUGCUUUUAAAACAACAAGGUCGUUCUGGUAUUAAGGUUAUUGACUUUGGUUCGUCAUGCUUUGAAAAUCAACGCAUAUAUACAUAUAUACAAUCACGAUUUUACCGUGCCCCUGAGGUUAUUUUGGGAGCAAAAUAUGGCAGAGCUAUUGACAUGUGGUCCUUGGGUUGCAUUCUGGCAGAACUACUAUCGGGUCACGCACUGUUUCCGGGUGAAAACGAAAGCGAUCAACUUGCCUGUAUUAUUGAAGUUCUCGGCAUGCCCAAUAAAACGUUACUAGCCACCUCAAAGCGAUCCAAAACGUUCUUUAGCCCAAAAGGUUAUCCACGUUAUUGCACUGUACGCACCAUGUCUGAUGGAAUGGUUGUGUUAAUUGGGGGCCAGUCGCGCCGAGGAAAGCCACGAGGUCCCCCAUGCUCAAAAAGCCUUUCUAAAGCACUGGAUGGAUGCAAGGAUCCGCUAUUUCUCAACUUUAUUCGUGGUUGUCUGGAAUGGGAUGCAGAUAAACGCUUAACUCCAUCGGAGGCUCUUAAACAUCCGUGGCUUCGCCGUCGUCUUCCCAGACCACCAAGUAGCUCAAGCGGUUGUGGUGUUUUAAACGGAGCUAAUGUCAGUGGUGAUCAAUCACCGGUAACAGGACUAAAUAUAACUUCUGCAAAUGAAACGACUGCAUCUGCAAGCUCUGCUAUAUCUGCCUCAUUAACAAUGGAAAGAGAGAACAGCAAUUGUAGUGGUCGUGUAAACCAUGGCGGAAUUUCUGAAGAAGAAUUUAAAAGUACCAUAAGUCUCAACGGCUCGGACGGAUCGUUACCAGCGCCAGCUGCUGCUUUCUUAACAGCCGACCUUUUGGCGGAUAGUUUUAAAAAUACUACUGUUAUAUCGCCACAUUUGUCGUCGUUAACCCAUUCAGCUGAUUCCAGUUGCGUUAGUGGUCUCAGUACAGUCGCUCGGAGUGUUGUUACUUCCAGACAUCCACCGUCAUCAUUAUCGUAUUUGCCGCACAUGAACAAUAAUGGAACUGAACGUUUAUCUAGCUUUUCUGCCUCGUUAAACAGCUCUGCCAACUCAUUGACGCAAUUGGAACCGGUCAUAAACUUAGAUGUAUUCUCCGUAUAUUCAGCUUCAACCACACCUAAUUUAACAGCAACCGAUAUAGGUUUGGUUUCAGAUUCUGUUACGGAAGAUAUGGACAUGACAGCUUCGUCCUCUUUUGUUAAUCUCAGUAACACCUGCGUAAUGGAUAAGUCCAGUGGUAUCAAUGAAAAUAAAAACUUUUCACAGCACGCCCAUAAUUUUAAAGUAUCUUCCAAAGAUAUGUAGCUAAUUGUUUGACGAUAUACAGAUUUUUGCCAUCUAAGGGAUUAGAAGCACUACUAAUUGUUGUUAUCUGAUUUAUUAACAACACUGCCAUAGAUGUUAUAAGCUGAAUACGUCUAUAUAGUUGGCCCUGAUUUGCAUUGUAUUGGCACUUGCUUUAAAUUACACAUGCAGCAUAGAUCUCAAGAAAAUAUCAAAAUUAUGCAUUUGAAUUACAGACAAGUAAAAAAUAUUGCCAAUUUUUCUU